AUGAAACUGCUGGAACAGGGUGGAGAUCAAAAGCCGACUGUGGAUGAGCCGAACCAGCAGACAUUCGGAAUGGUGAUCAUUGACGGGCCACCGGGUACUGUCGAUAACCUCAAGCGACGCGAUACUUCUGAUUUGACCGUAUUGGACUGCGAAAAUAUCUCAAAACACGGGUCUAGUACAGUCCGUCUGGUUUGCCCAGAAAAUGAGUCCGGAGAGCACUGCAAUAUCGGAGAGGGUGUUGUUGAAGGAACUAUUCUCCACAUGCCAGACAGCUGCGGCGCAGGAACAUACGCGGUUGCCCACAAUCUUCAGCAAUCUGAGAACCAAAAACUGCCUUCUCAUAUCAAACGAUCCCUUUCAGGACCUUCCUUGGUAUAUGACCUUGAGUUGAGUUAUGAUUUCAAGCGAGUCAAGCGUGAUUCUGGCGACAUCUACAUCCGCAUUGACUACUCCAACGAGUUCAACUACUGGAAGUCAAUCGUUCAAGGAGAUCCCGUCAAUGCCAAGCGCGAUGGACAGAAAAGAUUCUACAGUUCCAGCGCCGAAGAUUGGAAGACGAAGUUUGACGCCAUACGUGGCGUCCCCGGGCUCUCCUCUUUGCACAAUGACAACUUCCGGAAUACCAUUGUUUCUAGCAAGGCAGACUCAUGCAAAAACUCGAGUUGGAUGAACAUUGAGGUAGGCGGGGAUGUCUCUGAAGAGAUGAAAUUUGGCUAUUCAUUUGUGGGAACCAUCUCACCCACAUUCAACAUCGAAGAGGCCUAUGGGUUCUUUGAUUCCAAGCUUCUCUUCCAGGGCUCAAUUGAUGUCGAUGUGCGUGGUGCCAUUGACGUGGACUCCACUCUUCAGUCCAAGCAGCUCUUCACUGGUGCUAUCACAGGAUACGGGUUCAGUCACCCCGGAAUCUGUGACAUGGGACCUUCGUUCAAUGUUGAAGCGAGAUUGGUCGGGACAGGCCAUUCCCUUGACGCCAAAUUCACGGCCAAUGUCAUUGCUGGUAACAGUCAAUACACAACAUCCAAUCUACCGCUCACGCUCGGGGGUUCUGAUGGAGGUGUGACGAACGAUGUUAGCAACAAUCCUUUCUCGGGAGGUCUUUCUGUGGACCCGUCUGCAACAACAUCAAAGAAGAAGCGAGACACUGGAACUGUGCUUGCACUUCAGCUGGCGUUUGAGAGUAAGAUGCAAAUCAGCCUCAAUGCCUUCAAGUCGACAUUGCUCAAUCUAGAUUCGCAAUUCCUACAUCAUGUCGACAGCUUUAUGCGAAUUAAAGAUGAUGGGAGUGUCACGUGGACAAACAAUCGUGUGACUUUGGGGGUUGUCGAAACUGGCGAUCUUCCUGGUUGGGAUGGUAUCAUAGAUCAUCAGGUUGGAAGCAACGGCCAGGUGAAUAUUUUGCACCAGUCUGGAGGCGUUGCUCCUGAUGCGAACAGAGAUACCCCUGAUAUCAAAGACGAUGCACUCUUUGAUUCGGAAGGUUUGGUGGCGUGCCUGGGGAACGCUUCAUCCACCUCACUUGUCUGUUUGACCCCUGACGAGCUGAUCAAAGCUGAUCCAACCUUAGCGAUAGACCCUGAAACUGGCAGUCCGUACUCCGACCAAUACGGUCCUGGGUAUUCCAAGCGGGAUAUUGCUGAUAUUUUCAAGCGCACCCUGGGGGGUCGGCGUCCGUUUUCUUCCAAUGAUGCAGCUGGAGGAAGUUUCAGUAUUCAGCGGUCCCUUGCUUACUAUUUCGGCAACAAUGGUGCCGCCCUUCUCGCUGCGAACCCUAAUGCAAGGCACCAUGCUGCCAGUGAGCCACGAAACUGCGAGAAUCUCGAGACAACCAACGAUUCUGAUGAUCCUACUCUGCUGUAUGUUUCUGAACAUGGCCUAGAGUUGCAGUACCUGCCGCGCCUGCUGGACUUUUUCCAAACCGGGACGAACAGAGAUCCGGACGGGACUGUAUACAAUUCCAACAUGAGAGUCGUCCCCAGGGAUCUUCUCGAACCAAACAGUUAUUUUCAGACAGACUAUUCUGUCUGGGAUCCUACUGGGACUCGAACUGGAAUGCCCAAUGAGCGCAUAUGGCAGGCAUUUGGCUCAGGGGAUCACCCCGAACUAAAUGUCAAUGCCGAGCAGACAUUGAACAGUUAUAAAGCACGAAUAUUUGCUGGCACAGCUAUGAUGGCUGAUACCACUUGGGUCGAGCAUGGCUACAAUGAAUGGAAUUUGCCGGACAGUGUUGAGCGAGUGGACGAGGCGCUUUCUGUUAUAAACCAGGCACCACAGAUAUUCGAUUACUGGAAUAACCAUAUCGGUGAAAUUGUGGCCCAAUCUCUGAGCGUUAUCGAAGAUGAGCUUACCUACUUCUCACAACGUGUCAAUAUAGUCGAGCCACACCGAAACCUUGAAGACUUGGGUGUGCGACAUAUGGAGUUCAUGUUCUAUGUAGUCAAUGCUAGAAUGGAACGAGUUGAGCCUUGGGUCCAACGCCGGCUUGCGGGUCUGCGGGACGUAUGGGAGCAGGCUGAGCAAGCGGGGCACCCGGAGGCAGCCCAAAUUUUAGAGACGAUCGCAGCUAACAGCAAGGAGAUUGACGACUCCGAUCUCCUCAUGGGGAACACGGAUAGAUGGAACGUGCCAUCUCCGUGA